GGGGAGUUACUACUACUUCUGAUGUUCCAGGCCAUGAAUGAGGGACCCGUCGUGGGCCCAGUAGGUAGCAUAAUCUCGCAUCAUUAUGAAUGAGAAAAUUUAAGGUGGUUACACUAACUACCCUCGAGACAACUCGAACAGAACCUUAUUUUUUUUUUCCUAGUCCCAAGUUUGAAUUGAACCGCCACUUAGACCAGUCCCCUCUAUGACCCACCACCCUCUGUUUUAUUAUUCUUCGUCUCCUCUCCUCGCUACAAGACACACAUAUAAGUUCAAAUCCACCAUGGCAAUUUGAGCUCGAGGACUAGAGAGAGAGAGAGAGAGGGCUCUGACAGACUUUCCCGUGAGUCCACUCACAUAUAAAGAUCACUGAGUUCAAGACAUCUCUCUUUCUCUCUCUCUUCCUCUGCCUCUGCCAUUGCCAAUGCUGUUUCCCCACUUUGUAGUUUGUACUGUUUUUCUCGCCACCCAUUAAAUUCUCGCUCCCCACUCUAUCCUCCUCAAUCGGACGGUCCAGAGCCCAUCACUUCCCUCUCCUGUCGCCCCUCUCUCUCUCUCUACUGCAAAAGCAGAGCACUCUUGGCCUUUACUCUUUAUCUUCUUCCUUGUGGAGGAGCUUCGCAGCUGAUCGCCCCUCAGUUGCCCAAAAAUGGGUACUCCGCAUUUCUCUCGAGCUUCCGUGAUCUUGCUCUUCCUGUCGACCCAACUGUCGCUCUUGCUCGGAGCAAGCGCGGGCACUUACUGGGGAGACACGGAGGUCCUGAGGCAGCUCAAGAGUGCGCUGGACCCCAGCUCUGUGAGUCCCGGCUCGUGCGUCGCCUCGUGGGACUUCGCCGCCGCCGACCCCUGCGACGCCCUCUUCAGCGACAAGUUCACCUGCGGCUUCCGCUGCGACGCAACCGACGACUCGGGCGCCAGCCGACUCACCGAGCUCGCCCUCGACCAGGCCGGCUACUCGGGCCCCCUCGCCUCCGUCUCCUGGGACCUCCCUUACCUCCAGACCCUCGACCUCUCGGGCAACUACUUCACUGGACCCAUCCCGGGCUCUCUCUCCAACCUAACACGGCUGAGCCGACUCGCCCUGUCCCGCAACUCGCUCUCCGGCCCGAUUCCCGACUCGGUCUCCUCCCUCUCUAACCUCGGGGAGCUCUACUUGGACAGCAACGCGCUCGAGGGCUCGAUCCCCGCGAGCCUCGGCGCCCUCUCGAGUCUGACCCGGCUCCAGGUUCAAUCUAACAAGCUCAACGGCGAGUUGCCGGCGGCGCUGAGCUCUCUCGGCAGCCUGCUCUACCUGGACGCAAGCGACAACGCAAUCUCCGGCGAAGUCCCACGAUCGCUCCCACCAUCCCUCGUCCAAUUCACGAUGAGGAACAACGCCCUGGAGGGACAACUAGCCCCCGACACCCUCCAGCUCGCCAGCUCGCUCCAAGUCCUCGACCUGAGCCACAACAAGCUCGCUGGCCCGGUCCCCUCCGCUCUCUUCACACACCCGUCGCUCCAGCAGCUCACGCUCUCCUCCAACGGCUUCGACUCCAUACAAUCCCCGAUCUCUCUGUUUCCCCAGAGCGAGCUCAUCGCAAUCGACCUGAGCAACAACCGGAUCAGGGGGUUCCUCCCCACGUUCAUGGCGGGCAUGCCGAGGCUGUCGGCGCUGGCGCUGGAGAACAACGAGUUCUCGGGGUUGAUACCGACGGAGUACGCGCUGAGGGCGGCGGUGCCGGCGCAGGGGGCGGCGCGGCUGGAGAGGCUGCUGCUGGGCGGGAACUACCUGAUGGGGCCGAUACCUGGCCCGCUGCUGGGGCUGAGAGGGGGCGGCGAGGAGGAGGUGAGGGUGAGCUUGGCGGGGAACUGCCUGUACAGAUGCCCGGCCCGGUUCUUCUUCUGUCAGGGCGGUGAUCAGCGGUCGGAGGCGGAGUGCAAGAGCUUCGGCCCUGUAAUUCCUUGAACUCUGUGUACGUCUACGUCUACGUGGUCGGCGAUAAUGUAUGAUAUAAUCCUUUCGGUUUUU